AUGCGUCGCGUCAGGCGUAGCCGUGGUAUCCCGGGCAGCGUGGGUGUCGGUGGCCCGGGCUGGGGGGACACAGGGGUGAGGGUUAAGUUGAGGGGAGUGGGCGCGGCAGUGGUUAAGGGUACUGGGAGCGGCAGUGGUUGGGGUGACUGGGAGCGGCAGUGGUACGUGUUGCAGUUGGUUGAGGGGACUGGGAGGGGAAGGGGAAGAUGGCCUGGGACGAUUAGGAUGUACAGGAUGUUUUUUUUCAGUGUCGCGAUAUCUACAGUUUGCGCCAAAGUGGACAACAGCAAUGCCAUCGUGAGGGAUGUAUUAAGUGUCAUUCCAAUUGUGAAUGUAAAUGUUGCGAAGAAAAACGCUUUAAAACGCGUCAACAACUUGCCGCCAGUCAAGAGCUUCGCUCAUCGUCCACCACUGUGCAGCGUUCCCCCGGUUAUCCCGCAAACCGUCAUUCAACAGCGUUCAACCGGCGACUCUAAUCCAUCCUCCUCCCCCGCCCCUUACAUCAUCGUCCCCGUCGCCCUCAUCAUCGUCGUCAUCUGCGUCAUGAUCUACUUCCGUAUCCGUCCGUUCCACAGGGUGCGGUAUCUACUGCGCAGCUGA